UCCAAACAUAUACCCGAGUCAGGCCGGCCGGUGAUCAGUCGACGCGUGCGCAUCUCAGUGCGCGUUCUAAAUUUAAAUUAUUUUUUGUCAAUCGUGUUCGUGAUCGUGUGAAGUGUUGAUUGAUUUAUUUUGAUUGUGGGAAAAGAAAAGCACAAAUCAUGGACCCAGUAGCAGUAGACAUAGUACACUUCUAUCCAAAGGAAAAUUCACAGACACACAACACUGUCAAAUUCGAGGUUGUGAACGAUGAGAACCCUACAACCACCAUUCUGCGUCGAGGACAACCCUUCAACGGAGUGGUCCGUUUCACCAGGCCUUUUGAUGAGGAGAAUGAUGUUGUGCAGCUGGUGUUCACAUUAGGAGACAAGCCCCAGUUCGAGACAAUGGGUUCAGUGCGCCUGCGCCGCGACGUGGUGUCCGACAAGCACUCCUGGAGCGCAAAACUGCUCGACGUCCAGGAAGAUACUGUUUCCUUCGAGGUAUCGACCCCUGUGUCCCUCCCUGUAGGUAACUGGGCCCUCCGAGUGGUGACCAAAGUGAAGGGCAGUCAAGAGAGGAGGAUCUACGAUUUUGAUCAGGACCUGUACAUCUUGUUCAACCCAUGGAACCCAGAUGACCAGACCUAUAUGGAAGACUGCCAAUUACUUCAGGAAUACGUGCUCAAUGAUGUGGGCAAAGUCUGGGUGGGGCCGAUAAAAACAACCCGCGGCAAGCCCUGGGCCUACGGACAGUUCGAUGCUGUUGUAUUGCCGGCUUGCAUGCUUAUGCUGGACCGAGCUGAAAUUCCAUUCCACCAUCGAGGAGAUCCAAUCAAAAUGACACGUACUAUCUCCCGGAUAGUCAAUUCCAAUGACGACGGCGGCGUGCUAGUCGGGCGCUGGGAUGGAAACUAUGAAGAUGGGACAGCUCCCUCUGAGUGGACAGGGUCUGUGGAUAUACUGCAGCAGUACCUGGAGACGCAGCAGGAGGUCCAAUAUGGACAGUGUUGGGUGUUCGCUGGAGUUGUAACUGCUGUUUGUCGCGCCCUCGGCAUCCCAUCUCGCGUGGUCUCCAAUCUGGUAUCAGCCCACGACGCCAACAGUUCCCUAACCGUGGACAAAUACUACACAGAAGACAUGGAAGAAAUGAAUUUUGAUCCUAAUAACCCAGCCGGUGCUGAUUCUAUCUGGAACUACCACGUGUGGAAUGAUGUGUGGAUGGCGAGGCCGGAUCUACCUGCAGGAUAUGGUGGCUGGCAAGCCAUUGACGCUACUCCUCAAGAAACUUCCCAAGGAAUGUAUCAAUGCGGGCCCGCGUCUCUGGAGGCGAUAAAACAAGGAGUCCUUGGCUUGGGUUACGAUGUGGAGUUCAUGCUGGCUUCAGUCAACGCUGAUCUGAUGCGGUGGAGGGAAGACCCUGAGGCGGAGAGCGGCUUCUCCAUGGUUGACACCAAUAAUUAUCAUAUCGGCCGCAUGAUCCUGACAAAGAAGCCGUAUGUCUUCGACCCAAUCGGAGACGAGGACAGGGAACAGAUCACUGACCAGUACAAGUUCAGAGAGGGCACCACCUCCGAAAGGCUGGCUCUCAUGAACGGCGUCAGAUUCUCCGAGAGAGCUAAAAGGUACUACGCCGUCGUGAGCAACCUGAAGAGUGACGUCACGUUCAAGCUGCGUGAGCUGGAGACUGUCCCCAUCGGCGAGCAGUUCCGAGUCACUGUCGACAUCGAGAACAAUGCUGAUGAGGCCCGAAACAUCAAAGCAUCGCUGUCAGCGUCCAGCGUGUUCUAUAACGGAAACAGAGCUGGUGUCGUGAAAAAAGUCGAGGGGAAAAUUUUAGUGGGACCAGGCCAAAUUGAACAGAUAAGCAUACUGGUGAAAUCCGAUGACUACUUGCCGAAGCUGGUGGAGUACUGCAACAUGAAGCUGUCGGCGAUGGCCAUAGUUGAGGAGACCAAGCAGUCCUGGGCUGAUGAUGAUGACUUCCAAAUCCUUAAGCCGAAUAUUAACAUAAAGUUCAACGAAGACCUAAUCAUCGGACAGCCAGCCACCACCGUCCUCUCCUUCGUUAACCCUCUAGAGAUUCCUCUCACAGGCUGCGAGUUCCGAAUGACGUCAUCAGGCAUCGUGGGCCGUACGCUGCGUUGCCCCGCACCUGAGGUGGAGCCGAAGGCGCUCCUGUCUGUCCAACUGCCCGUACAGCCUAAUAAACUUGGCAGCAUCAGCUUUGUAGCGACAUUUAAAUCUGCUGAACUGAAAGAUAUCACUGGUGCAGCUACCGCAGACGUCUUUGAAGGCUGAAGACAAUAAUAAUUUGUAUAUAUAUAUAUAUAUAUA